UACGCUACGAUCAAGAGAAUUGCCGACCUUGAAUAUGGACGACACGUUCUAUGCAUGCAGAUGUACAAGUUGAACAAACAACAAGGCACUGGUCGGAAACAAUACUUUUCCAACGUGGUGAUGAAGCUCAACAUAAAAGCGGGAGGCAUCAACUAUGCACUCAACUUUGACAAUCUCGCCUACAAACACAAAACCAUCAUUAUGGGUGCCGAUGUCACUCAUCCAGGCGUCGGGCAAUGUGCUGGGUUUCCUAGCAUUGCCUGUGUGGUUGGAAGCGUUGACGAUAUGUUCAUGAAUUAUCCCGGAUCCAUGCGUCUGCAAGCUGGUCGCCAGGAGGAAAUUACAGAUCUGGGCUCGAUGGUCACGGAGCGCCUUAAAGCAUGGCAGAAGAAGCAGGGCGGGAGAGUUCCAGAACACAUCAUCUUCUACCGUGACGGCAUCAGCGAAUCACAAUUCGAAGCCUGCCUUCGGAAGGAGAUCCCCGCGAUCAGAAAUGCGCAUAGAGAAUUCGCCACAAAUGUACCAGGUCGGAACAACCUCAAACUUACAUUCAUCGUCGUUGGAAAGCGCCACAACACACGGUUCUACGCCCUGGACACGGCGGACGUCACCUCGAUCAACUACGAGGAGGAAGGCAAAUCAAACCUGAAUGUCAGGGCCGGUCUCUACGUUGACGACUUCAUUACGGACCCCAUUGUCAAGAAAUCUGAGGGCGGCACCACGGAAUUCGAUUUUUACCUGCAAUCCCACCAAGCCAUCAAGGGCACUGCGCGUUCGGCCCACUACCAUGUCCUCACGAACGAUAUAGGCCUGUCCAAAGCCAGCUUAGCUGACCUUACGCACAAGCUAUGCUACGCCUUCAGUCGAGCCACAAAAGGUGUCUCUUACGCCGCUCCAGCAUAUAUCGCAGACCGCCUCUGCGAACGCGGCCGGGUAUACCUG